AUGGGACAGUCACACCGAGGACAAAGGCGCAGAUGGGAGUACUGGUGGAUUGCUUUGUAUUUCUCACUUCUGUUAUUCUUCGGACAGCAGGUUUCAGCUCAGAUAAGAUACACGAUUCCAGAGGAGGUAAAAGAGGGAACCGUCGUGGGAAAUGUUGCUAAGGAUUUGGGCCUUGACAUCCGCACUUUGGAGGACAGACGAUUCCGUAUCGUUUCUGGAUCUAAUGACGAUUUUUUUCAGGUAAAUCAGAAUGGCGUCUUGCAUGUUCAUAAGAAAAUCGACCGAGAGGCGCUGUGUAAUAGUAAUAGCGCAUGCCUGAUAAACCUGAAGACUGUCGUUGAAAAUCCUCUAGAAAUACAUUAUAUUGGAGUGGAAGUCACGGAUAUAAAUGACAAUUCACCCAGUUUUAGUGAACAUGAGAAACGACUGGAGAUUUCAGAAUCGACUGCUCGAGGGACGCGCUUUCAGCUUAAGGCUGCGCGUGACCCGGAUGCAGGGGUAAAUUCUAUUCGUUCAUACAAAUUAACACAAAAUGAACACUUUGAUCUGGAAGUGAGAGAUCAGGGAGAAGAUAAACUACCAUUUUUGGUUAUACAAAAGCCUCUUGACCGUGAGAUUAAUGACGAAUAUCAUUUAGUUUUAACAGCAAUCGACGGUGGGAAUCCACAGAGAUCGGGGACUCUAAAUGUUACAGUUGUUGUUCUUGAUAACAACGACAACAGACCUGUUUUUAGCAAGGAUAUAUAUUCUACAACUCUAAAAGAAAAUAUACAAGUUGGAACACUGGUCAUUCAAGUUCAAGCAAGUGAUUUAGAUUAUGGUUCAAAUGGAGAGGUCACUUACGCGUUUGGCAGCGAUCAGAACCCGAAGGUGUAUGACAUGUUUAGUUUGGAUAAGCUGACAGGUGAUAUUCGUGUGAAAGGCAGUGUAGACUAUGAGGAAAAUUCAAUUUACAAACUUGAUGUUCAAGCAUCUGAUAACGGGCAGCCCCCUAUGAAUAGCGAUUGUAGAGUAAUUAUAAAAAUAAUCGACAUAAAUGAUAAUAAGCCCUCCAUAGAUGUGACGUCACUAUCGAACCUUGUGCCUGAAGAUUCUAAGCCCGGUACUGUGAUCUCACUCAUUAGUGUUACUGACAGAGACACUGGUGUUAACGGCAAAGUUGUGUGCUCUCUUUCAGAAAACGUUCCAUUUGAAUUAAAACCCUCAGUUCAGGAAAAUAUGUACUCUUUAGUGACUAAAGGGCACCUGGACCGUGAAAUCAUAUCACAUUAUGACAUCACAAUAACAGCGACUGAUUUGGGUCAGCCUUCACUGUCCUCUUAUAAAACUCUGAGUGUGCUGGUAUCAGAUGUUAAUGAUAAUCCGCCUGAAUUUACCCUGAAUCCCAUCGAAUUAUAUAUAAGAGAAAACAACGCUGCAGGUGCGUCCAUUCUCACUCUGAGUGCCUUCGACAAAGACAUGAAUGAUAAUGCUUUAAUUUCAUAUCACGUAAUUCGAGGUGACGGGACACCGAAUGAUAUGGCUUCAUUCCUGAACAUUAAUUCAGAAACGGGCGUAAUUCAUGCGCUCAAAAGUUUUGACUAUGAAACGGUGAAAUCUUUUCAGUUUCACGUGCUCGCUUCAGACUCUGGAAGUCCAUCUCUGAGCAGUAACGUGACAGUGAACGUGUUAAUUCUGGAUCAGAACGACAAUGUUCCAGUGAUCUUAUAUCCAGUCAGUGCUAACGGUUCUGCUGAGGGUGUGGAGGAGAUUCCCCGCAAUGUGAACGCAGGUCAUUUGGUGACUAAAGUCAGAGCCUAUGAUGCAGAUAUAGGAUACAAUGGCUGGUUAUUAUUUUCACUGCAGGAAGUUAGUGAGCACAGUCUGUUUGGUUUGGACCGCUAUACAGGACAGAUAAGGACCCUUCGCUCAUUCACAGAAACAGACGAGGCCCAGCAUAAACUGGUCAUACUGGUCAAAGACAAUGGGAACGUGUCACUCUCAGCAACAGCGACUGUGAUUGUCAAAGUUGUGGAGCCCAAAGAGGCUUUUGCAGCUUCUGAUGUGAAAAACGCAGUAAAAGACGAGGAGGAAAACAACGUGACAUUUUAUUUGAUCAUCACUUUGGGCUCGGUUUCAGUGCUUUUUGUCAUCAGUAUCAUCGUGUUGAUUGUAAUGCAGUGCUCCAAAUCUACAGACUAUUCAUCCAAGUAUUUACAAGAGGCAAAUUACGACGGGACUCUGUGUCACAGCAUCCAGUACAGAUCUGGAGACAAACGGUACAUGUUAGUUGGACCCAGAAUGAGUAUUGGAUCUACUAUAGUCCCGGGCAGUAAUGGGAAUACUCUAGUGAUACCAGAUCGCAGGAGGAGAGAUUCUGGAGAGGUAAGCACUCGUUUUUAA